CUGCGCGGGGGGUCUCGGGGUCUGGGCCGCACGUAGGGUCUCGCCUGUAACGUUGGCUGGGCAGGAUUCCAGCAGAUGCCAGACCUGAAAAGUGGGUCCUUAGGAACCUCCAAACCCAACCUGCGCCUGGGGAGGCCUUUAGGACCGAGGGGAGCCGUCUCCUCCGGAGCCGGGCGGCAAAUCCCUGUCCUCCCGUCCCCCGCGGCCGCCCUCCCCCAGCUCCGCGCCCCCGCGUUCCGACGCCCGCCCCGCCACCCGCCGGACGCCGUCGCCCGUGGCCCGGGCGCCCUGGGGCAAAGUUGGCGGCCGCCUUCGCGAGGAGCCGCUCGCUCCCCCGCCGCCGCCUCGCUGCCACCCCCCCUCGGAGCCCGUGGCCGCCGCCUCCGGCACGCGUGUCGCCGGGCUCCGCGAGCCGAGCUGCGCGUCCCGGGCGCCCCUCGCCAGCGCGCCCGCCGGGCCUGCCGCGCGCCUCCUUCCCGGGGCCGGAGGCCGGGCUCCGCCCCGUCGCCGCGCCCGAGAGCGGCCCCAGCCGGGCGCUCCGGUCUGCGCGGGGCAGCGGCGCGCGGGCUGCGAGCGCGGGGCGGGGGGGGCGCAGGGGCGGCGCCGCACCGCCCCGCUCCGGGCACUCGCGGGUGGCCGGCCCCGCGCGCCAGCGGGUCACCUUGUCGGGAGGAGACAUGGGCCCCGGGGGGCCGGCGUGACCCCGGCGCCGCCCGCACGAGGCCCCGCAGCAUGGACGGCGCCCGGGAGCCACGGAGCGCCGCGGCGCGCGGGCAGAGGAACGGGCUCAUCAACACCCGAAGCGCGCCGGCCGAGGGCAGGGACGGGCCGGUGCCCGUGCGCCCGGCGCCUCAGCACCCCAGCUGCCGCAGGGCGGUCACCGCCCCGGGCGCCCCGGUCACCCCGCGCAGCCCCCCGCGCGGCCCGGCGCGCCAGCCGCUGGACCCCGGGGCCCUCCCGCGGGCCGCCGAGCCGCACUUCCGCGCCAACAUCCUCUUCUUCUCGGAGGCCGUGCUGCGCCCCUGGGCCGACGGCGCGGCCGACUGCUGCGAGACCACCUUCAUCGAGGGCCGGUCGCCUGCCAAGGACGGCCUGGAGCGCCCCGAGGGCAGGUUCCUGGACCUCUCGGCCGACGACAUCAAAAUCCACACGCUCUCCUACGACGUGGACGAUGACGAGGAGUUCCAGGAGCUGGAGAGCAACUGCUCCAGCGACACAGAGAGUGAGGACGGCUUCCUCGUGAUGCCGCCGCGGGACCACCUGGGCCUCAGUGUCUUCUCCAUGCUCUGCUGCUUCUGGCCUCUGGGCAUCGCGGCCUUCUACUUGUCCCACGAGGUACAGUUCUGAGCACCUUGCCGGUGCAUCGAAAUGUAGACGGCAAUAAAUAAUGGAAAUAACCUUUGCAAUAAUACAAAGAAAUGUAAUCCAGCCAGACAGGUACUGGUGCUGGAGGAAACAUGAGCUAUGAAGCACCAAAGAGCUCUAAGCAUCUGGAGAGGUGGCCCUGGAGGCUGCACGUGUCCCAGGAGCCUGUCACCUGCGUCAGAGGCUGGGGUCUGGUGCUGGCCUCUCCUAAGGCCCUGCCGCUGGGCUGGGAUCCAGCCCCUCAGCAAGAAGACCGAGUGGGUCAGGCCGACAUGGAAUGGCAGCAUCUGACUUUAACUGGUGACGAUAAGGAACACAGAGCGGCAGGGAGCUCGCUCAGAAAAUCACGAUCAUUCCAGAGCCUCAAACAGCAGUGGGUGUUUUCCAGCCAAAAAAAUGGAGGCUUUGACGAGAGCUUGUGGGAAACUCAGUCCAGAGCUAAGAGAGGCGUCAGCCCGGGGCUCCCGGCCACCUGGGAGGAACCAGAGCCCGGAUGCUGGGACCAUCUCGGGUCAUCUGGAGGAGAGGGGCUCACCUGCAGGGGGGGCAGCGGGGGGCAGAGGCCGCGCCCCUUCCCGUGGGAGCUCCCGCUGUGGGGGCCCCAGGACCCCGAGACCCCAGGAAGCAGAGGUGUGGGCAUCAAAGGCCCCCCAAGUAAUCUGUAGAUUUCCAGGGCUGCCUUCUCGCCGGUCACCCCAGACACCUCCAUGUCUCCUCCGGCACUGGACGGAAUGGGGGUUAAAGGAAAUUCACACAUAGAUCCGCCAAAGCGGGUGUGUGCGGCGCCUCCUUCCCUGGACGCCUGCAGGGCGCAGCCCGGCUGACACCCCGAGCCUCCGCUUCAGGCGUCUCACCCCCCUUGGUGCACCCCGGGCGCCCCUCUCCUUACUCUCCCUCCUGUGGGACCUCCUGCCCCGAUUCCUCCUGGAUUCCCACUGGUCAGUAGGGUGGCCCAGCCGCCUCUGGGUGUCCACGGUCACACCGAUCAAGGUCACAGAGCAUAGGACUGAGUUCCAGUCACGCUGGGCACAUCCCGAGAGCUCGAAGGCCACCCCACGGCCGGGCAAGCUCUGCCCCACGGCUGCCCGCCCCCCGCUGCGCUGGCCCUCCGCAGGCUCCCCUCCCUGCUCUCCGGGACCCCUGGGGGGCAGCGGGUCCCGCGCCCUCUGUCACACCCACGCUUAGGUGGCCCAGCCCUCCGGGUGCUCUGCAGAGCCCGACAGGCUUGCCCCCUCGAGGAGCCGGGGUCACAAGUAUUUCCCUGGAGGUUUCCUGAUUUAUAUCGUCCUGAUCGGCCUGUGGAGGACCUGUGAUCAUCGGCCACAGGGAUGCCCCAAGGGGCCCCGUGUGCGUGGAAAUGCUUCUGCCCUGAGCCUGCUGCCCUGGGAGCGGCUGCUGGCCACCCUGGGUCCCUCGUCCAUGGAGCGAGUGCCCUUCCCGCUGCUGGGCAGGCAUGAGAACCACCGGGCUGCAAGUGCCCUGGGGCGGGCAGCACGGGGUGGAGACCCCGACCCCAGGGGCCUUUCCCUGCAGUUGGAGUAGGAAGAGGAGAGAGCGGGGUGCAGGGGAAGCAGUGACACCCCACAGCCGUGCGUCGUGUUUACACGAAUCUGCGCCCUCUUCCCUUUUCUCUUUCCUUCUCUGGUCAUCAUAUCAGAUUUCACUCAUUUCGGGAAAUGACUUUCUCAUUCUUUAUGAAUAGUUCUUAUCUGUUCAUUUAAUUUUGGGUAGAAUUAUUUCUAAAAUUACCUUGGGGUGCGAGAGAAGUUUUUUUAGCUACACUUUCUUCUGGUAGCACCCUUCCCAAACACAUCCCUCCCCUGCCUCUCUGCCAACAGGUGGUUUGCGCCCCUUUUGAUCUUUAUGUGGAUAGACUUCCGCCGACGUCCCGUUUCUGAGGUUUAUUUCCUGACCGUUAGGGGACACUGUCAUUUUUAUGCUUGUCACUGCUGCUGGGCGGCUUGGCUGGUGCCCCGCCUGGGGCUGUCGUGAUUCCUGUUAGAAGCAUUCUAGUAGAUGACCUUUGGGGAAAAGGAAUCACUUCUUAUGAGGGUCCGCAGGGGCCAUUGCUGGUGUCCAGUGGACCUGCGUGCAGCUCCCAGCAGGACCGACAGCUCCCUGUGCAGUGGCAGGAACACACACUCCCCCCAGGGAGAUGCAGAAGGGGCGUGGGUCUAGAAGGCAAAGGGCAGGAGGCAGUGCAGAGAUGCCCCCUGACCACCUGCCUGCUAUCCAGAUCCUGCUGAGGGCUUCCCGCAGCCCGUUUCAACCUCACUGCCCUGCGGGCCCACUGCCCAGAUGGGGACACUCCUUCUUCCCCUUUUGAAGCUAGUGGAGCAUUUGAUUUGAGGCCUCACAGAGCGAAGCCUCACUGGGAGCACCUGCUACCCCAUGAUGGGGUGCAGGGGCUCAGUGGCAGGCCACCCGGCUGCGGGAGAUGAGCACGGGCAGGCUCAGGGCUCAGGGUCAGCCAGCUGCACCUGCCGCAGGACGGGGGAGCCAGGCAGGCUCUGCAGGGGGCCGUGAGCAGGCCUGCCGGGAAGGACCGGCUGCGGGUGGCAUUCAGAAGGAGGGAGAGGCGCGGACAGGUUGGGGGGGCCAGGGGCCCCUUAACAGCCCAGGGCCACUUAAAAGACA